GGUCAGAUUCCAGAAAAGAAAUAUAUAUGGAAAGACAACUGAUGGGGUGAUGGGGUAAAAAGAUACACUUGAGGUUCAGUAAGGUUGGGAGAAAGUAUCACAGAGGAGGUAGGACAGCCUAAAGAGAAAGUAUCCAGUAAGUGAAACUAGAAUACCUGAGCACAUAAAAAAUAUUAAGGGAAAAUUUUGUUCUGACAAAAAUAUUUAAUCCUCUGGGUUCUCAUGUAGAUACAUACAAGAAAUGGAAAAUGGAAACCAAACUAGUGUCUCCGAAUUUCUCCUCCUGUGCUUCUCCAGUUGGCCAGGGCACCAGGUGCUCCUCUUUUCACUUUUCCUGUGUCUGUACCUAACAGGACUGUUGGGGAACUUGCUCAUCUUGAUGGCUAUUGCCUCAGACCAUCACCUGCACACACCUAUGUAUUUUUUCCUUGCCAAUCUAUCCUUGGUAGACCUCUGUCUUUCCUCAACUACAGUUCCCAAGAUGCUGCUGAACAUCCAAACACAGACUCAGUCCAUCUCCUAUCCUGCCUGCCUGGCUCAGAUGUACUUCAGUAUAAUGUUUGCCAAUAUGGACAAUUUUCUGCUCACGGUGAUGGCAUAUGACCGUUAUGUGGCCAUCUGUCACCCUUUGCUUUACUCUACUAUUAUGACCCAGAGCCUCUGUGCCUGCCUGGUGGCUGUUUCCUGGGUCAUUGCCAUCUUCAACCCCCUCUUGCACACCCUUAUGAUGGCCCAUCUGCACUUCUGCUCUGACAAUGUCAUCCACCAUUUCUUCUGUGAUAUCAACUCUCUCCUCUCUCUAGCCUGUUCUGACACCAGCCUUAAUCAGCUGAUGGUUCUGGCUGUGGUGGGGCUGAUCUUUGUGGUACCUUCAGGGUGUAUCCUGGCAACCUAUGCCCACAUCAUUUCUGCUGUGAUGAAAAUCCCUUCUGCCCAAGGAAAACUCAAGGCUUUCUCCAUCUGUGGAUCCCACCUUACCUUGGUCAUUUUUUUCUAUGGAGCAAUCACAGGGAUCUAUAUGAGUCCUUCAUCCAACCACUCAACUGAAAAAGACUCAGCAGCAUCAGUGAUUGUCAUGGUGGUAAUCCCUGUAGUGAACCCCUUCAUUUACAGUCUAAGAAACAGUGAGCUGAAAGGGGCUUUAAAGAAGACCCUAAGCCAGAGCAAAAUCCUCUCCCAGUGAUUUGUACUGGCUGGGG